CUGUUUUUUUUACUGUUGGUUUUGAAAAUGUUUUUAGAUUCAGCAGAGUGUUUGUUUGACAGUCACUGAAGCUGUGAUACUGCCCACUGAGAAACACUUGAAGUCUACUCUGCACCAAGGAAAGCAGACAAUCCUUGUUUGCAUUUUUUUUCAGUAGGAAACUGCAUGGAAAAGUAAUGUGCAUGAGCAGUAGUGUUAGUUAGUUAGUUAGUUACUUAGAUGCAGAAAGUAUUUAUGACCAUUUUGCGAUUAAAAAAUACAAUAUAGUAUGUGAUAGUGUGUGUCCUAGUGUGUUUAAUUUUGUUUGUGUUUGACCACACUGUAACUUCCAAACAAUUUUCUACGGAAGAAGUAAAAUGUAAAUAAAGAGGAAACAAGCUCACAUUUCAAUAGUUCUGUGUUUUUAAUAAUUUAAAUGAAAUAUUUUUAAAUAUAUAUUCAAAUAUUAAAAAUGUUUGACAAUAGAUACAUUUUAUUAUUUAUUUUUUUUAUUAUAUUAUUUUUAUUCCUGCCAAACAUUGGCUGAUGUAUGCAACGUAUUUUACAAGCUUCUCAAACAUCAAUUAUGUACAGUAUACAUAAGCAUAGCAUUUAUUUUACAAUUUUAAUUAAUGUCUAUCAUGUAUUUAAAAAUGUAUAUAUUUUACCCUACAUCUGGACAUACUUUUGUUUUCCUUUUUUAACAUUUGUAAGGAGUAAGAUUGCUAAAUAUGUUUGUUUGUAUGUCGUGGUUUUUUUUGCACAUAUCAGUGCUUUGCUCGUUGCUCCAUCGGCAUAAGGACAUGUGAUCUGCUGACCUUUGGAAUUUGGCUGGUAGAACUUGAUGUUCUCAAACAAACAGCCCUGGAAUCUCCCUGGAAUCUCUGUUCUUUGCACGUGACUAAUGAAAAAGUACCUUUCUGGGCAAUACUCAUAAAUCUUGAUGAAUUUUCUGACUGUUUUUUUAUUUUUUGUGUGUACACUUUGACCUUAUUGCUAGUCCAGUAAAAGCCUCACAGUCGGUCCAUAUAAACAUGCAGUAUGUACUUCAAGCAGAUCCACACUGAGCAUUUUUCCUACAGUAAGUUCCAUUGGAGCCAGCAUCCAGAACCAUCUGCACAGUGACUCAUUUGACUGACAUUUCACACCAUUUAUAGGCAGUGUUUGGACACCUACUCUGCUGCCACUCCUGUGAAUGCCAAACCUUCUCUCCCUGGCAAUGUCCUUCGCCUGAGGAAGAGACAGGACAAUGUUACUACAAUAUCCUGACCCCCUCCUCUGCCCCUCUCCCCAUGCCUCAUCACAUUCCAGCUACUCCAGCUGAUCCCCGACCCUCCGUUUCCCCAGAGGGUUGGGUCUGAAAUGAAAGGAGUGGGGUGGAGCUUCAGUCCCCCAGGGCUUUUCCCCUCAAUGUCAGACCCUCCCUCUCACUCAGUUUCUUUUGAUUCUUGGCUUGGCUUUUCCAUUUACACACACACACACACACACCUAAUGAACCCUGAAGACUACGUCCCCCCACCACCUAUUCUUCCUCCAUCACUUGUCGGUCUUGUCACUUCAUUAUCAAAGAGUGAAAAUGUUGCAGAUGUCAACACAAUGCUAUUGUGAUGCGUUAUUUUCACAAAGAAUCAUCCUUCUAGUUAGCACGUCACUCAGUUUAAUUGACUGAACUGUGUUGUGUGGAGAUGUUUACAGACCCACUGCAGAAUGAUGAGUUCAGGUGGGCUGGGAGACAUUGAAUGACCUUUUCAAAAAGAAAGGAUUUUUUUACACCUAAAGCUCAUCCUAGGAGCUUUGGCUUUUUCUCUUGUGUAUCACAGUUGAUUUUCUGCUUGCAAAAUUGUCAAAAUGCAGAAAAUGACGCACCGAACUUAGCGGACAUUGGUGGAGUCAUAUAAACUGGAAUACAGGAAAAUUAAUUAUGCCGUGAAGAGAGAUUAGUGCUUCAAGUGUUUGCACCCUGUAGUGAAAAUCUAGGUUAAUCAUCAUAAUGUGAUUACCUCACACAUUAGUAUGCAGCCAUGUGCUUAAUGAGAGGCUGACUGUAACCACAGUUGACGCCAUGUUUAAAAUAAUAAUUUGAAAGAUUUGGAUGAGAAACAUUUAUGUUAAUGUAGUUGUAGAGUGUAAAAUAAAACAAGAGAGAAAAGACAUUUAUUUUACUUUUUUCAAGUGUUUUCUAAUAAUUCUUCAGUAGUAAUUAUUAGUACUAAUCAUUUUGAUAUAGUUUAGAAGUUACCAUUAUCAUUAAACAGUAAGAAAAAAUACCACAAACAUAAUCUUAGUGGACUGAAUAUAUAUAUGUGUAAUACAUCAGUUGAGCCAAGACUAGGCUCUCAUCAAGCAUCAGUGGUUCCAAAACUACGGUCUGCGUACCGCUUAAAGUACUUGGACGCUCUUGAAUGGUCGACAGGAAAAGUGUGAUUCCAUGUAUGUGUGUUUGGAUUCUGUUCUAUACUGGUCUAAACUGGCAGUACUUUGAGAGACAAAUAUUUUAUAAGAAGUGGUGAGUAGUUUGUUUUCAUGUUAAUGCACUAAAGCUAAAACGUCUUCUAAUCUCUGCUGUGGAUGUGGUUUUUGUUUCGUCCAUGUUUAAAAGGCUUGAUUUCAACUGCCUGUGUAAUGCGAGUGAAUCACACCCAGCAUGUGUGUCAGUCUGAUGCUGAUACAUUAUUGAUGCCUGAUUUUGGCAAAAAUGCAGAGUGAGUCUGUCCUACUUACAGAGAGCAGCCCAACCCGCUGUUCCCUGCUGAUCUUUUUUUUCUGUUUCACUUUGAUCUACCCUCCCUCCACCCUUCCUCUGAUUCUCCAUCUCCUUCCCAUCUCCACUUGCUCCUCCUCCUAUCACAGCCUGUGCAGACGACUCCACCUCUUUGCCUCCUCCAUCAUCACCACCGGCCCCUCCCUCCCAGCUUCUUUCAGCCGUGUCCUCUUUGCGUCAGACAGCCUCCAUUCAUGAAAAGCGUGACGUGGGCUGGUUUUUUAGCGACCCGGUGACGCUGCUGCCCACCCACUCACAUCACAGGUGCUGCAGGAGUUGAAGGAAUGUCUUUCAGUCUGCUGCUUCCGACUCCUUCUCCCUCUCUGGUUUUCUGGCUGUUUUGUUUUUCAUCCUAACUACGUUGUUAGACGUCUCCUCGGGCUUCUUCCUGCUCUCAUCCCUGCUUCAGAAGUCAGAUCUAAGUGAGGAGCAUGAAUCUGAGCCUCUGUGAAUUUCAGCUUUCAGAAAAACUGGUGUGUUAGGACGUGCCCCAUUCUUCAUCACUGGGCAGCCCAUGCACACACACGACACCAUGGGUAGCUCCCCUGAGGUGCUGUCAUGGACAUCCUGUCCCAGUCUGCUGGUGGGCAAACUGAAGGAGGAGCUGAAAUUGACUGUGGUUGGAGAUGCCAUUAAGAAAUCCAAUUCCCCCAACUCCCAAACGCAGCCUCCGCCGGCACCUCAAUCAAAUUUACCACCUCAGAUUAUCACAGAUUUGGCCCCUCCGACACAGUUACCCGUUCCUGCUCAGUCGCUGCAGACCCCUGGUCAAGACGAUGACACAAUGUUGGGGGGCAUUAGCCCCCAGAACAUCAGCACAGCAUUGAGUGUGGACUCUACACGGAGCGAGGGACGACACUUUGAAAACAGUGUCCUCCAGCUGCAGGAGCAUGACCACGAAGAAGCAGGGUCACCAGCGUCCUGUGACCACGGUGGGUGUGGCAGUGGGAUGGAGGAGCAGACUGGGGAGGGAGAGUGUCCCAGGGAGCACGGUGAGGAGGGGAAACAGAACCACCCUCAUCAUCAUGACGACAUCAAGAUGCACUUCCACAGAGCAGGGCCCGGUUCUGGAGGCUUCUUAGAGGGGCUGUUUGGCUGUUUGCGACCAGUCUGGAACAUCAUCGGGAAAACAUACUCAACAGAAUACAAGCUGCAACAACAAGACAUGUGGGAGGUUCCAUUUGAGGAGAUUUCUGAGCUUCAGUGGCUUGGCAGCGGAGCACAAGGAGCAGUGUUUUUGGGUAAAUUCCGUUCCGAGGAGGUGGCUAUCAAAAAGGUGCGCGAGCAGAAGGAGACGGACAUUAAACACCUGCGAAAACUCAAGCAUCCCAACAUAAUCAGCUUCAAGGGCGUGUGUACUCAGGCACCCUGCUACUGCAUCAUCAUGGAGUACUGCGCGCAGGGCCAGCUGUAUGAGGUGCUGAGGGCUGGUAGGAAAGUGAACCCCAGGCUGCUGGUGGACUGGGCCUCAGGCAUCGCCAGUGGCAUGAACUACCUACAUUUGCACAAGAUCAUCCACAGAGAUCUAAAAUCACCCAAUGUUUUAGUGACCCACAACGACACUGUGAAAAUUUCCGACUUUGGAACGUCCAAGGAGCUCAGUGACAAAAGUACAAAGAUGUCAUUUGCAGGUACGGUGGCCUGGAUGGCCCCGGAGGUCAUCAGGAAUGAGCCCGUGUCAGAGAAGGUAGACAUUUGGUCAUUUGGAGUCGUGUUGUGGGAACUGCUGACCGGAGAGAUUCCCUACAAAGACGUAGACUCCUCAGCUAUCAUCUGGGGAGUUGGCAGCAACAGCCUCCACCUUCCUGUUCCCUCCACCUGCCCAGACGGUUUCAAGAUCCUCAUGAAACAAACAUGGCAAGGCAAACCCAGGAACAGACCUUCAUUCCGCCAGAUUCUCCUGCACCUUGACAUUGCCUCGGCCGACGUCCUCGGAGCUCCUCAGGAGACCUACUUCAAGUCUCAGUCUGAAUGGAGGGAGGAGGUGAAGAAACACUUUGAGAAGAUAAAGAGUGAAGGCACCUGCAUUCACAGGCUGGAUGAGGAGCUGAUCCGACGCAGGAGGGAUGAACUCAGACAUGCACUGGACAUCAGGGAGCACUACGAGAGGAAACUAGAGCGGGCCAACAAUCUCUACAUGGAGCUCAGUGCCAUCAUGCUGCAGCUGGAGGUCCGGGAGAAAGAGCUCAUGAAGAGAGAACAGGCGGUGGAGAAGAAAUAUCCUGGGUCCUACAAAAGGCAGUUGGUGCGACCCAUUGUCAGGUCCAACGCUGUGGAGAAACUCAUCAGGAAAAAAGGAAGCAUGGCCCACAAACCCGGGAUGCCCUCCACUAGAAGGCCAGACUUGCUUCGCUCGGAAGGCAUCCCCAGUGUCGACCCUCACCCCUCCCCCUCCCCGCUGUCUGCCAGUCCGAAGAUCUCUACGCCUCCUGGUAAAGCUCGCUACAGGAGCAAACCUCGUCACCGUCGUGCCAGCAGUAAAGGAAGCCACACUGACUUUCCUGGCAUGUUGAGGCCUCUGGCCGGUGCUUUGGAAGACACCCAGUGUCUCCAGGAGCCACCCCUCCACCCUAACCCCCACCUUCACCACCACCCUCUACCAAACCAGGGGCCCAUCCUUCCUUUGAAAGGCCGCGAGGAGGCUGUUGUCAACUGUGCCAACAACCUGCGCUAUUUUGGCCCUGCAGCUGCCCUCCGCAGCCCUCAGACGGACCAUCUGCAGCGCCACGUCUCUGGCUCAAGUCCCGACCUCAUUUCCACCGCUGUGGAUGCAGACACGCGAAAGCGGAUCUCAUCCUCCACCUUAAAUCCCGUCCCCGGCGCUACUGCUGUGUCUCUGUGCCCCUGCUGCCAGGCCCAUCCCUUCCCUGGCUGCCAACACUGUCAGGAGAACCCACCUGCAUCCAGCCACCCAGAUCUGCACCAUUACUCACUGCUCAGCACCCUAGAAGAAAGCCCAACGUCCUUAGUCGUGCCCAGUCACAAUCCGGCCACAGACAGAGAGGUCACCAAGCAGACGGAGCCACAGGAGCAGGAGACAUCCCAGCAUACACACACCCUUCCCAUUGCACUGCCACACACUCUCAGACCGCUCAGGAAGGGUGGAGAUGAGUCAUCUGAAGAGGAGGAGGGAGAAGUGGACAGUGAAGUGGAGUUUCCAAGGAGACAGAGACCUCAUCGUUGCAUGAGCAGCUUUCAGUCCUACUCCACCUUCAGUUCUGAGAACCUGUCGGUGUCAGACGGAGAGGAGGGAAACACCAGCGACCACUCCCACAGCGGCCCUCUGGAAAGGCUGAGCGCCAGUCAGGAGGAGCACCUGGACGAGCUCCUGUCGCACACGCCCGACAUCCCCAUCGACAUUUCCACUCAGUCAGACGGCCUCUCUGACAAGGAGUGCGCUGUUCGCCGGGUCAAGACCCAGAUAUCACUGGGGAAACUGUGCUCCGAUGAACACAGUUAUGAGAAUCCACUAAGAUUUGCUGACUCAGACUGUGACACGUCAGAGGCCGAGUGCUCCGAUGCCACCAUUAGGAACAACAAAGUAGGAGCCCCGUCCACGUGGUGAAACCCUGGAGAGGUAGAGAGGCUCUGAUUUUGCCUGGAGGCCAUGAUGUCCCACUCUGCCCUGCAGAAAAUACAGCAAUAAACGGAUCCAUUUGUAGACUAGCUCCCUUUAGAUAAGCCCACCAUGCAAUCUUCCCCACCCCCACACCCCCUACUCCCACCAUCACCUAUGGUACAGCAUCCAGGCAACUCAUGGCAGGGAUUUCCUUUUGAAUGAUAAUGUACAGUUAGAUUGAUUAACAUUCAUAGUUUAUUUUUGUUGAAGUUUGAAGGAGAAUUCAGGAUCUCUCUGUGUUCUCUGUUAUCAACAGAGAAGAGAUAAAAAAAAGAGAAAAGGACUUUUUGAAACCGGUUCACAGACUCUCCGUGCGUUCGUCUGAGACUAGACAGAGAUGCAAAGUGAUGGCGAGGAAGAUGGCGGUGAGAGAAAUCUGCGUUCAAGAGCUGAGCUGCGUGAGGUGCAGAGGAGUGCAAAAGACGACGUGGUUGUCGUCAGUGGUCUCUCAGCUGAUGUAGAUGAUGAAGUUUCUCCAUCAUUUCACCUAGCUGCAGCUUCUUACUGUUAAAGACCCAAAUCCCAUAGUCCUUCUCUCCUGCUAAAAUCCAACUUCAGAAAACAGAGCCCCCCCCACCGCCCCAAAGAAAACCCCUUCCUCACUCCAUCACUUCCAUCCUGGCCCCAGACAGGAAACAGGGAACUCGUGAAAACAAUGUAACAACACCAGCAUGAAACAGCCCGCCUCGCAAGCGGUCUUUCACUCUCUGUGUGUCCCCACGAGGACCACUCCACUGUCCACGCCUGUCUGUGCAGAAGACUGCAUGAAGAAAACAAGCUAGCAGAUCAGCGGGGACCAAAGACUCUUAAAGACACCAGACGAACUUUGACCCUUCUUAUCCUUCUCUCCGAGACAGGCCAUUGUCAUCGCCAUCAUUGUGAAUCUGACGUCAGCAUAUGAGUGAAGAACAUAAUGUGAGCAUGUGUUCAUGUGCGCAUGUGUGUGUGUGCGUGUGUGUUUCCCAUCAUUUGACAUUGCAUUUUCAAGUCUCAUCUCAGGAUCGUUGGAGGACUGUGAGACUCUGGACUGGACCAAUUGUUGUAUCUUAAGAAUGUUUGUCCUCAAGCAGCACAUGUUAUGGACCACGCGGGAUUAUUGAAGACGGUCUUACUGUUAGCCUUGAUGUUCAACCCUUUAUUGCUGGACACCAGUGUCAUGUAACUGUGUAGAGUGUAAGGUUUAGUUGUGGUCCAGGUGCAGUAUCCCAUUUCUGGAAACCACACAGUGGUUCAGUGGUUCAGCCAGAGCUGAACUUGAAGAGUAGAAUCACAUCCAGAAUCACACUUCAAACAAUUGGAUUACUUCACUGUUGAUACACAAAUAUACAGGUAUAUAUAUAUUUUCAAAACCAUACUGCAUACAGUACGUGGAGUCAAAAUUCUAACCCAGAUAGACCCUGGUUCAGACUGUAUUUGUUUGCAGUAAGUAGUCGUAGUUUCAGUAUGAGACUAAGGCAGGUCUCCUAAGGUAUCCCAACCCAUAAUUAAGUCAGGACUUUCUGUAAGUAGCAUUUUAAAACCUCUUUUUUCCUCCAACCUCGCAGUUCAUUCCUGUUCAUUCCUCUGUUGACUGUCUUUUUCUGACUCUUUAAUUAGAGAGUCAUUCACUAGUUUUCUGGCCGUCACUGAACAAAAUACAUAUUCCAUUUAAGCCCUUAUUCUUUCACUGGUGUGUGUGUAGGAAAGUCUAGCAUUUUUUCAAAAAUCUAACGUUCUGUGCCUUCCUUCAAGGAUAAAAAAAAACUGCACCCGCCCCCACACAACCAAAUAAACAUAAACUGUUUUAUUUUUCUAUGAAAACAAUGACUGAUAUCCGUUUAUGAAAAUCCAAAUUUAAAACAAUCCUUGUCGAAACUCUGUUUCCUCCAUUCCAGUUGGUUCAGACGUUGACCUGCACUUGCUUGUUUUGUUUGUUUUGUUUUGUUUUUGUUUUUUUACCAUUUCGUGCUCUGGCGCGUUUUGGAGGGGAAGUUAAUUGGAAGGAUAAAUCUUAGUUUUUGAUUUUUAAGUUUACGUUUUUUCAAAGGUUCAGAGCAUGACUAUAUAGAUCCACAUUUUCUUAAUGCCUUUUUUGUUUUGAAUGGAAAAUGAAGACAAACAUCUUUAAUUAAGUUCGUGUCUUAAUUAUGCUAUUUAAAUAAUCUUGUUUUGUUAAAACUAAAACUCUUAAUCGUGUCACUGGCUAGAUGCUAGAAAGGGAGUAGGCUUCCUUUAUAUUUGUAAAAUAUUGAAUAUUUUUCUACUCUAAUUUUAUCAAUAUCUUCAUUUGACUUUUGUAAUGUUUGAUCGAGCAGGAUUGAUGCGGCGUCUGUGCGACCAGUAGAUGGCGAUAAUUCCACUGAUUUAGUUUGUCUUACGUCAAUCAUUCCUUUUUCUCUACCCUGGAUUCUUAAUUCUGUUUUAUCCGAGACCAACUGAAUCCAGAAAUGUUCCGAUUGUCUUAGAAAUGGGAUGCUGCACCCGAGGGAGCUUUAUUUUAAUCUUCAUAUGAGUGUUUGUCAUUCACCUUAACGGCGAGUGAAUGAAAAACAGCCAGCCGGGGUUGAAUUGAACUAUAGUGAUGUCAGGAAUGCUCAAGACAGGUGAGGUUCUCACAAAAGGAAUAAAAGCCAGAGACAAGGCCACAGAGCAAAUAAGCUGUUCUGGGUUUUCAACGACCUCAUCUCAGUGUUAGUGUAUAUAAUCACCUGUAAAUGUAACGUGACCCGUUUUUUGACCUCCGUCUUUUUCUCUAUUUAGCCAAUCGCGCUAUUUGAACAGGGUCCCUGUCACUGAGGACCAGGCGACAGGUUGAAAAUGAGCAGGAAGUGAUUAAAUCCCUAUCACAUCAGUAUUUGGACACAGCAGUAGGAUGUCAGUUGCACAGGAUGAACUUAAAACACAACUGAUGGAUAAUUUACUUUUUUUAAAGCCUUCUAAAGGCUCACUCCUGGUCCUGAGAACAGCUGCUGCCUUUCCUCAAGACUCCUUAACCCUUCAUUAUUAUUAUUUUUCUGUUUACAUGGGUGUGAAAUAACCAAGUGUAUUGUAAUGACUGGGUAAUCUGAUCAAGCUGUUAAUAACACUGUGUUUCUGUCAUAUAUUCUGUGAAGUAUGAUUGUUGUAAAAGUUUAAUUUAAAAACAUUUAUUUUUAUUUGUAGCUGGCCUACAUGAUUUUUGUUUUGAUUAAUUUAUUAUAAAUAA